CGUAAAGGACAAAGUAGCCACGGGAAAAAAUUGACUUUAGACCCCAAGAUCACACACAGUCAGUACCCUUGGGCCGCCUGCGAUAAAACGAAACUGUAAAUCUAGAUCUAUUACAAAGCGAAUUUCUCCCGCUGCCUCAUUAGAAGCUAUGGCGCAAAGUAAAAGCUUCUUCGAUGAUGUGAAAAAGGAAGUAGAAUGCCCAGUGUGUCAGGAACAGUUUGGCGAAAACAAGGAACCGAAAAUACUCAAAUGUUUUCAUACGUUCUGUAAAUCAUGUCUGGAAGGUUGGCUUCGACAACAACGCAAGGAAGCUUUGAGUUGCCCGACUUGCCGAACAAAAACUGAGUGCCCUAACAAUGAUAUCGACAGUCUUCCGUCGAACCUGUUUUACAAACAAAUGGUGGAAAUUGUGGAGGCAUACACUGGUCAAGAAGAAUCAUCAUGUUGCGGGAAAUGCGACGAACAAAAAUCGCUGAAGUUUUACUGCUCUAAUUGCAACUGUUUACUGUGCGAAGAAUGCGCUGCAUUACACAAGAAAUGGAAAGACUUCAGAGGCCAUCAACUUAAGGAAAUCGGAAAACUUCAGUCUCGUGAUGUAGAUGACUACUCUCGGAAAGCAAACGUUUGCAAGGAACACGACGACGAAUUUAGAUUUUUCUGUUUAGCAUGUCGAAUUUGCAUUUGUCGUGAUUGCGCCAUAUUGGAUCACGACGACCACAAGAAAAUUUCACUCGAGAAAGGACUAGAAAAUAAGACAACUGAAAUUAAGAAUAGGAUACAAGAGGUUCAGUCGAACGGAUCUCACUUGAGAAACAAAAAGGAAUCGUUGGAGAAACGUAGAUCCAAAGUAAUCGACAGCUUUGAGCGAGCAACGAACAGUGUACGCGUAAUUGCAGAACAAUGGAUCACAUUCAUUCGUAAGCAUGAAACAGACAUCACAGAAAAGUUAAUGAAGCAGAAAGAGGCAUUUAAAGCUGAAUUUUCAAACCAGAUGUCGAGCUUGGAUGAUAGACUGGUGGACAUCGACAGCAGCCUGCAAUUUGGCGAGGAAAUUCUUUCUCGUAAGAAUCUACCAGAAAUAUUAAACGUCGAAGAAAUGUUGGAGAACAGACUGCAGGAACUAUCCGUGCCUUUUGAACCUACACUGGAUUUCCCUGAAGUUAUGUACAGUUCAAAUGAUUUCAGUUGCUUGAAAGACGGACCUGGAAAGCUGAUAAGGACAGUUUCGGAACCUAUGGUAUCUGUUGUGGAAGGUCAAGGUUUGACUGAGGCCAUCCAAGGAGAAGAGAGCACAUUUACUGUGAUUACAAAAGAUAUCGAGGGCCAAAUAGUUUAUAGCGAAAUCGAUCAGGUCAAUGUUGAAAUAACUUCUAUCAAUAAAAAAGGGACUUUGAUAGCCAGCGUGACAGACUCAAAGAAUGGCCGAUAUCAGGUAAAGUACAGAAGUGAGACAACAGGUGACUUCAAAAUAUCCGUUACUGUCCGUGGUGAAGCCAUCAAGGACAGUCCGUUCACUUUAAGAGUGAGAAAGAGAGAACCACAGGCAUUUUAUCAGUGGAACAGGUAUUGGACAGAUGAGGGUGACGAUAAUUCUGAUAAUGAUGAUCCGUUGGAACACAAACUGGGGAGUUUCCAACAAGUAAAACAGAGUCGAGAUCUGUUCAGCCACUACUUAAGAAAUGUGGUUCAGAAUUUAGAUUUGAGACCGUAAAUUUCCGAUGAGUCAGAGAAGAAAAGGAGAUCAGCGAAGCAUCCAGAGAAAUUUUCAAGUCCUACAUCAAAUGAGACUGGUCACUUGGAAAAUGAGAAGGAAGCAGGCGCUGUAAAAGGCUCAGGUAACGAAAAUAACUUUGAAGAGGAAGAAUCUUCAAAUUUGGAACCUCAACAGUACGAAACGACGAAGAGGUUUUUCCCUUUGUUCGUCAGAGCCCAUGGCGAAGACUUACAGAGAAUCGAAAAGGAUUUUAGAGUAAAAGUGCAUAGAGAAGCCGUUGAUAACAAAGUCAUCGUGGCACCAACCGGACGCUGCACUGUUAAAGAAUUUGAUGAGGGAUGCGAUGCUUUCAUUACUCUUUAUCAAGAUGUUCAUAAGCGCAUGAAGCUCGAACAAUUUAUUCCGAGAGACGAGGAAACACCAACACGUGUGAGGCAACGUAUCAGGGACAUAGGCAAGACACACCCCGUCUUGGUUGAAAAAUGCGAGGACCGCAAACACUGGAAAGUCUACGGCGAAGAUUGUUUGGUGGAUAAAUUUCUCAGCGAUCUCCUCACCGAGCGUCUGAUUAUAAUCAUACUGCACCGGAGCCUGAGGGUUGGAACGGGGAUUGGACAGGUGAGGGUGACGACGAUUCUGAUGGUGGUGAUUCGUUGGAACACAAACUUGGUUCAGUGAAGCUUUCUGUUGUGAAGGGUGACAUCACGGAUCAACAAGUUGAUGCGAUAGUGAAUGCAGCCAAUGCCAGACUGGAUCAUGGUGCAGGAGUCGCUGGUGCAAUUAUCAAGAAAGGGGGCCAUGGUAUACAGAAAGAGUCGGAUCACUACAUCCAUCAACACGGCCGCCUGAAGGAUGGAGAGGUAGCCACCACUGGGGCUGGUAAGUUGCCAUGUAAAAGAAUCAUCCAUGCAGUUGGUCCCAUUUGGCGGAAAGCAGAACAAGAAAAAUGUAAAAAUGCUUUGAGAA